AUGUCUGUUUAUAAUGUCGUCGCCGAUACGAAUAGCAACCAAAGCGACUCAGGCUCAUCUGCGUAUGCGAGCAGAAUUAACUGUACAACGCUUUCUUUGUCUUUUACCCUCGCUACGACCCUUCCGUGCACCCAUGCUUAUCAUUUACCGAGUCGUGACGCCGCACUGUAUUCGGCAUCCACGAUCGUUUAUAUGGUUUUCGUCGCCCGUAAUAUACUGACGAGAUCAUAUCCGAACGUGAUCAACGCCUACAUCACGGGAAUCGCUCCUACCCUCACGGUCGGAUGGGUUGCUUCUGGGCACACACGUCCUUGUGAGACUUAUCUUCGCUUCGUUUCGGUGCUUUUUGGUCCCCGGCCAGAGAAGGAGAGACGACAGCGACCCGGAGAAUUUCAAUGA